AUGAAGAAGAAUCUAAUAUUUCCCGCCAAAUGGCCAAAUAAUGUCUCGUGUUGAUUAAAGUUGUGUUGUCGAAGUGCUGUGUUGUGCUGUAUGUGGUGUUUCAAUUAAUUUUAAAUAUUAUUGUUUUCAUUUAAUGACACAAGAUGACUAUGGAUUUACCAAUAAUUGAGUCUUCACAAGCAGAUAUACUCAGUUAUUCAAUAGUAAGCAGCGAUGAAGAAGAAAAUCCCUUGGUUGUUAAAUUAAAAUUAUCAUCAAAGAACAAAAAACUACCUGUUGUAGUUUUAAAGAAACUGGAAAAUAUCGACGAAUACUCGCUCUCUCCAAGAACUUCCUUCAGGACCAGAAAAAAUAAGGCCUUUGAAAAUUACGAAACAGAUCUAUCAGCAGCCAAUUUGAGAAAGUUAGAGAAGAAAUCUUUAUCCCCGAAAAAAAGAGCCAAGCCCUUAAUUAAUGAUAAAGAAUUAGUGAGUCCCAAGAAAAGGGGUAAACCUAAUUUUGAAUAUUCUGUUGAUACUCUCUGUGAUUCAAUUAAAAACAAAGUUAAUCUUAAAACUCCAACUAAAAGAAGAAUUGUUGAUAAGGAAAGUUUAGAUCAGAGUUUAGAUAUUCAAUCGCCUCAAAAGAAGAAAGGAGUACAAGAAGAAACGCCUGUAAGGACUCCAAGAAGUUGCAGCUUAAGAGAUGUAGAGACUCCAAGAAGUAACGAAAAUCUGAGGAGAUCAGUGAGGACAUCAGCCAGAUACCUUGAAGAUAGCAGUCCCUUAAGGUCAGUUAAAGUCAAUUUGAAUGAAUCUUUUCGUAGAUCUGUACUGAGGCAUCAAUUAAAUGAUCAGAAUAAAAUGAGCCCUGACAUCGAUGAUGUAAUAAAGAGAACCCCUUCAUAUAGAAAGUCUUAUAAUAAUAAUAAUCAUAAUAUGAAUGGGGAUUGUCUAGUGGGAACAAGAUCUGCAAGAAAAUCCUUUGCUCAUUUUUAUUAUGAUACUGAAGAGGAUGAUGAUAUUGAAAUAGUUGAGGCUCUUAAAAGAAGUGAAGAAGAUAUUAAACCAAAAAGGACAUUGAGUUCAAGAAGUAAUUCUACUGUAUCAGAAAAAUCAUUAGUCUCUCAGAAUUCUGAAAAUGAAGAAAAUAUUGCUUCUUCAAAGAGGAAACAAUCAACAAUAUCAAAAUUACUUAGAAAUGGCUGUGAUAAUGAAGUUCAAACUAGGCGUUCAAAAAGAAUUUCAAAACCAACAUAUAAGAUUUCAGUAUCAGAAAGUGAUUCUGACUAUGAAGAGAAAGAAACUGAAGCACCAAAGACUCCAAAAGCUACUAAAACCUCAAGGAAAGCUCUAGCAACUCCUAACAGUGUAAAAAUGACUCCAAAAACUCCUAAAAACACUUUGAAAUUACUUAGGGAAGGGGUUAUAACUCCAUCAAUGCAGUCCCGGUCUAGUCUCAUACCUAAAGAUAGCACACCCCUCAUGAAAGCUAGGACUCAGCUACAUGUUUCUUGUAUACCUACCUCACUUCCGUGCCGAGAGAAGGAAUAUCAAGAUGUUUAUAAUUUUCUGAAAGGUAAACUUGAAGAUGAGUGUGGAGGGUGCAUGUACAUUUCUGGGGUACCUGGCACAGGGAAGACAGCUACUGUAACUUCUGUAAUUGAUCAUUUACAGAAUAACAGAAAAAUACCAAAAUUUUCUUAUGUACAUGUUAAUGGGAUGAGACUGACUGAACCCAGACAAGCUUAUGUAGAGAUUUGGAAGCAACUUAGUGGAAAGACAGUUCCGUGGGAACAAGCUCAAAAUUUGUUGGAACAAAGGUUCACCAAAAAGAAAAAUAUGAUGCCAGUAGUAAUGCUUAUUGAUGAAUUAGAUAUACUGUGCACAAGGCGACAAGAUGUUGUAUAUAAUUUGCUAGAUUGGCCUACAAAGUCUAAUGAUGAACUUAUAGUAAUAACUAUUGCCAAUACAAUGGAUUUGCCAGAAAGAUUGUUAAUGAGUAGAGUUACCAGCCGUUUAGGGUUAACUAGACUCACUUUCCAAGCAUAUACUCACAAGCAGUUAAUGGAAAUUGUUACAAAAAGACUUACUGGUACAAAUAGUUUCAAUCCUGAUGCUGUACAAUUAGUUGCUAGAAAAGUAGCCUCUGUGUCGGGAGAUGCAAGAAGAGCUCUAGAUAUAUGUAGAAGAGCUGCAGAAAUUGCAGAGAAUGAAGCCAAUGAGCAACAAGUCAACAUUAUGCAUAUAAAUAAGGCACUGAGUGCUAUGAUUACGCAGCCGCAAAUUACAGCAAUUCGUAGAUGCACCAGGUUGCAGAAACUUUUACUACAAGCUAUCGUUGCAGAGAUCGAACGAACCGGAGUUGAGGAAACGACAUUUUUCGAUGUAUAUAGGAUGUUAGAGUCCUGUUGCGCGCUUGACGGCUUCAAAAUGGUAUCGAGCACGAUGGCUCAAAAGGCUGUGAUGCAAUUGGGCAGCUGUAGACUAAUCAUAACUGAACAAAAAUGCAGUAAUAUUUAUCAGAAGAUAAUGUUAAAUGUUAGCGUCCACGAUGUAUAUUUUGCGCUUAAAAAUGAGUAGUAAAAUCAUUGCGUAUUUUCAAUCUUAAAGACUUAUUUGAACUAAUUUUAAUGUUACGUUUUCUGACGACAAAGAUAUUUAUAUUUUUUAACUAUUUAAGGAAUAAAAGAAAUAAUUUUGUA